CAAAUAAAAAUUUGGCAUUACCACAACUUAACCAAGAUCAGAAGAAAUCCAAAAGAUUAAUUAAGUUUUAGGUUGAAAUCUUUAUCGUGCACUUUUUUUUUCCCUUUUUUUUUUUGGGGAGUUUUUUAAAAUGAUAAAAUAUUUGAUUAUAAAAGGCAGAUUACUCCCAAAGGUGAUCAAUUUUAUUGCAAAAGAUAGAAGAUGUUGGAAGAUAACUAUUAAGCGUUGAGGGAUAUGGAUUUAACAAGAUUAUGAAUAUAUCAUAGCUACUAGUAAAUGUUUUGAAAUCCAAAUGUAGAUAAUUAUGUUUAAAUGUUUUGAAAUCCAUUUGGGUGAUGCCGGCUGCUUGGCCCACAAGUUCUUUUCUCACUCCUACUUGUAUUAGGAAAAAGGAAACCCUAUAUAAAUAAUCCACUCCACCAACACAUCCAAAAUAGAAACAAAUGGCUCUCAUUCGACAACGCCGCCAGCUUAAUCUCCGCCUCCCCUUGCCCGAACCCUCUGAGUGCCGCCCAUGUUUCUCCGUUCCCCUCCCUCCCAUCACCGCCAUCACAAACAACUCUUCCUUCGGCACUAUCUCCGCCGCCGAUCUCGAGAAACUCCAAGUCCUCGGCCACGGUAACAGCGGCACCGUCUACAAGGUAAAUCACAAGCGGACAUCCACGACCUACGCUCUCAAACUCGUCCAUGGCGACUCCAACGACCCCACAGUACGCCGUCAGCUCUUCCGCGAGAUGGAGAUCCUCCGCCUCACCGACUCUCCCCACAUUGUCCGCUGCCACGCUAUCUUUGAGAAGCCGUCGGGAGAUAUCGGGAUCCUCAUGGAGUACAUGGACUCCGGCACCCUCGAGACCUUGCUUAAAGCCCAAGGCACCUUCUCCGAGCCCAAUCUUGCCCCCGUCGCCCGCCAAGUUCUUAACGGCCUCAACUACCUCCACACCAACAAGAUCAUCCACCGCGACAUCAAACCCGCCAAUGUUUUGGUGAACAGCAACAUGGAAGUGAAAAUCGCCGACUUUGGCGUGAGCAAGAUCCUGUGCCGGACCUUGGACGCCUGCAAUUCCUACGUGGGUACUUGUGCUUACAUGAGCCCGGAAAGAUUCGACCCGGAUACUUACGGCGGCAAUUACAGUGGCUACGCCGGUGACAUAUGGAGCCUAGGGCUGACCCUGAUGGAGCUUUACAUGGGUCACUUUCCGUUGUUGCCUCCCGGUCAGAGACCCGACUGGGCCACGCUUAUGUGCGCCAUAUGUUUCGGAGAGCCGCCGAGCCUGCCAGAGGGGGUGUCGGAGGAGUUUCGGAGUUUCAUGGAGUGUUGCUUGCAGAAGGAGUCCGAAAAGCGAUGGACCGCCGCUCAGCUUUUGACCCACCCGUUCAUCUCUAAAGAUCCGAGUAUAUCCGUUUCCUGAUGGGUUGCUGGAUUUGUA